AUGGAAAAACCAAACUCACUUAAUAUUGUCUUUCUCUUGUGUUUCGCCCUUGGUCAUUAUUAUGAGUACGGUACACCAAACAGGACGGUUAAGGUCCUAAAGAUCGCCUACUGCGUAGUUUUUGCUACCCUCGUAAGCAGCUAUACUAUUCUCUGUACUAACACGAUCUUCGACUUCAGCACCUUGUCCUUUUUUGCUGAGUUAUUUAUCACCAUUAUCAACUCAAUGUUCAGUUCACGUCUUACGAAAUUCAUUCACUCCGCCAAACUUCCGAGCCCUGGUUUUCUAACAAGACGUAUUGCACCAUUUAUCUUGACUCUGUGUGUUAUAAUUCAUAUUAUUGAAUUGAUACUCUAUCUAGAGGGACUUUACGUAUCGUAUAUCUACGUUUGGAUUAUAAUUUCCAAGGAGUUGGGUUACCUUGUUUCGACUGUGGUUCUUCUGAUAAUGUACUAUCAGAUGAAGGAAGUCCGACUACUUUUUCAAUAUCCUUACGUCACGGCGCCUGUGAUCGGGCAAGCGCAAAUACCCUACAAGAUCCGAAAUGCCCAAAAAUGCCUGGAGGCUUAUAAAGACUUGAUAAAUCGCUUUGAAGACAUCUACACUCGUCUUCAAGUCACGGCGCCUAGCGCCAUUGCGAUCUUGGUGUUACAUUUUGUCGGCAUUUCUCUAACGGUCUUUACGCCGGCCAUUUUGUCAGAUAUGGUGAGAGCGGAGUACAAGAACAUUGUGGACAUUUUGAGAAAUCAACUGGCAACGACCAAAGAUGAGUCUCUUUGGAAGAAGAAGAGGCAAAUCCAUACGUAUUUGAAGUAUCGCCCAUAUCGACUGAAUUAUUUGUGGCGAGAAGUACCUGUCAACGUGGACACUAUAGUAGGCAUGUUUGCUCUAUUAGCGUCUCAUCUCAUUUUCGUGUUUCAAUGUGCUGCUUAUUCCGCGAAAAAUAAGAAACAUCUUUAA